UUGCAGUAGUUUUUUCAAAAAACGUCACACUACAAAUAAAAUUUUAUUAUAUUAUAUUCUUCCCUAAUUCGCACUGUGUUUUAGGUUUUCCCGUGGAAAAAUGUGGAAAAUUCAAUCGUUGGUAGUGCACAUCUUGUUGACAGGCUCCAUAUUGACCACAUAUUUCCAACCAACUUUGUUGCCAAAUCUCGUGCCACAGAAGACGAUGCGCGAGUUGGCUCUGGAGCCCCCAGCAGAUCGAUUGGUUGUGUUUCUAACCGACGGCUUGCGAGCUGCUACCUUUUUUGCCAAUAAUGGCAGUGAUAUUCCGGAUCUGAGGGAUAUAUUCCGGAAGCAAGGACGAAUUGGAAUAUCCCGCACUUGUGCUCCCACAAUGACGCGACCUGGACACAUCGCCAUAUUCGGUGGCUUCAAUGAGGAUCCUGCGGCUGCGUUGGUCAACUUUCGCUACAAUCCCAGCAAUUUCGACACCGUCUUCAAUCGCAGCAGAAACACGAUAGGCUGGCUUCAUAGGAAUGUAAAAAGCUAUUUUGUAGGCCUUCCGCACGGCGGAGCUCCACUUCGAUUCGAAUGGUACUUGGAGGCACAAUUGCCGGAAAAACUCACCUGUGAUAAGUGGGCUUUCGAAAAGGUUGAAAAGUUUUUAAAGAAUGCCGACAAUGCUCGGGAUUUAAAAAGCCAGAAGUCGGUGGUGUUCUUCGUCUAUUUGGCCGAUAUGGAUAUAGCUGCCCACCGUUACAGACCUCUUAGCAAAAGGUUCCACAAAAAGCUGCAGCACACACAGAGGGGCAUUCGAAGAACAUAUGAGCUUUUUGAGCGGGUUUUUAAUGACAGCAGAACUGCUUAUUUGAUGACUUCCGAUCAUGGCAUGAAUGACAAUGGAAUCCAUGGAGGUGGAAGCUCCCUUGAAGUCGAGACUCCCUUAUUUAUGUGGGGAGCUGGAGUGAGUCGGGAAGGAGUCGAUCCUGAAUCCACCUUUCUUACUAACGCCAACAUUUCCGAGGUGGAUCAGAUUCAGCUAGCACCACUUAUGUCUGCUCUAAUUGGUCUUCCACCACCCAUGAACAACUUAGCCCUGAUGCCAGUGGGUUACCUUAAUGUGAGCAGGGAGUACGAAGUAAUGGCUCUGCAUCUGAACGUCUUGCAACUUUUGGACCAGGCAAAAAUUCUUAUCCAACGACACGAAAAUGCAGUAUUUUAUAAAUGGUUGCCGAAAUUUGAGGAACUUAACUUGGGACAGAUUGAUCAAUAUUCAAAAAACAUUAAGUCUCUAUUAUCACAAGGAAAUACGAAAGUGGCCAUGGAAACUUGUCAGAACUUCGGAAAAUUGGCUCAACUGUGCUUGGCCUACUACCACCAGUAUUACCAACUCCCCUUGAUGGUGGCCACCACUGCAUCCUACUUGAUUUGGUUCUAUUGCCUUCUUCUGCAGCUCACUCGAUUGUGCAAGAGGGAAAAAGGGCAGAGAAGGGGAUUUCAGACUGUAUCAACCCUAGUAUUGGUCCUUUUGAGUAUAUUGCUUCUCGUUUUGCUAACUCUGCAAAAGUUGCUGUUACCAAUUGGAAUGCUAAUAAUGGCUCAAGCCGAACGACCUGUAAAAAGCUUCUUGAUUAUGAAACCAAUUUGGAACUUGGUCUGCAUUCUGGUGCCCGCUGGUCUGUUAAUAUUGAUGGCCUUUUUCUAUCACCAUACUUGUGUUCUGUACUUAAUUUCCGUACUCCUCAUCAAUCGAAGGGGUUUUGUUAAACCUAACGUGAAGUUAUUUGUCUGGCUGACAACAGUUAUGUUAUUAAGUGGACUGAUGUUCGUACAGCAAUAUACUAGAAACCGACUCAAAACAAUUCCCAUAAAAAGUUCCCAUGUUCUUUAUAUCAGCAUGCUGAUGGCGAUUAUUCGCCCUUUGAUCUUGGGACAUCGACAUGAUCCUCGUGUUUGGGCCAUUAACGCGUUGACUCUUAUAGCCGGAGCCUAUGGAAUUUAUCAAUACGAAGAUAAGGAAAGAGUCUCAGUUUAUGUCUAUGUCAUAACUUGGUCGUUUCUGAUCUUUGCUUUCCUUUCAAUCCGAUACUUCGCUCAAUCCACACCAACCGGCAGAAGAAGAUUUGAACUAAUAACUAUAAACAUGGUUACCAUUAUUAGUCUGCUCACCAGCUCAUGGGCUUCUCUGAAUGUUCAAGUAAUAAUAACAGAAUUGGUUUUGGGCCUCCAAGUUUAUGAAGGCUCCAGAAAAUUCAACAAAAUAGAAGAAGUGGAGGAGGAACACAAACCACUGAAGAAACUGAAGAAGCUCUAUCGAUAUGCAUUCAUGAUACUUCUUUAUUUCUAUGUGGCCUUUUUCCUGGCUGGACAUUGGCUAUCCAGUUUUCUGUUCAUUCCAACCUUAGCGCGACUAUUUUACCCACACUUUUCUCUCUAUGUAUCUGGAAGCCUGCUUAUUUUGAAGAUUCUACUUCCAUCGCUCAUCUUCAUCUCGGCCCUGUAUGCACUGGUUCCAUUUGUGCGAAAGAACAACAGAUCGAUUUUGAUUUGCGUAUUCCUCAUCAGCGACGCCAUGGGUUUGUAUAUGUACUUCUUUGUACAAAACCGGAAAUCUUGGAAAAAAAUACGCAAGUGUCUGGAUAAGCUUCUGUUGACCCAUGUUGUUAACUAUAUGCUGCUGGGAUCUAUGUGCUUGGUCAAGAUAUUCAUGGCCAACACCACCACAGAAAAGCCGGAACGUAACUAUACCAGGUCUGCUCAACGAGAUUCUUCAAGAGAAGAAACUGAAGCUUAAAAUAUUUUGUGAAGCUGUAAUCAAAUUCUUGUGAUUAAAAAACAAAUAUUAUAAUUAUAAAAAAAACAUAUGAGGUUUUUAG